AGACGUGUGAGCAGACUUCCUGAACUUACCAUCUCAACAUGAAACUCUGUCAGAUCUUUAUCUUCAGUGUUGUUUUAUGGAACGGUCCAAAACUCACCACAGGACACAUAAUUUCUGUAACUGAAGGAAAAGACGUCACCGUCAGUUGUUGGUUUUAUUUCCCUGGAAGCAAAAAAGUUUUCUGCAAAAAUGACUGUAAAAAUAAAGAGGACAUUUUGGUGCAGACUUCAAGAAUACAAGACUGGAAUAAAAGAUACAGCAUCGAAUAUUGGACAAAAAGAGUUUAUAUGAUGGAUGUGACAAUCAAAAAUGUGACCAAGUCGGAUUCAGGAAAAUACCAGUGUGUGUUAGAAAGAUCAAUUAAAAAUGGUUACUAUGAAUUUAUAAUUGAAGUCACUCAAGAAUUUGUUCCAAAAUCAAAAGUUAUUCUCAAACCCAGUGUCACACCUUCGCCCUCCUGUGGAUCUACUGAGUUGCAGACACUUCCUCUCACUACAUUCACAGAGCCUAGUCAAACUGAAAACACAACACCUCUGCAGCCCUCAACAGCGCCACCUUCUGCACCAGCAGGGAUGUUGUACUUUGUGGCUGUUCCCAUGUUAGUCUGUGUGGUUGGUUUAUCUGUGAUUUUAUUGUUGUUAUACAUGAGAAGCAACAGAAACAGAACAGAAGAGAAUCCUGUAAAUACAAACAACAUUCAAAUACCAGAAGUGGACCGCCUGUAUGAGGAGAUACAAGAGGACUUACGCCACAACGUAAUUCGUAAUGUAAUUCGAACUUCAGAGAUCUACAGUCUGGCCACAGCGCCCAGUGACCAUCCCAUAUCUGACAGUUCACAAAACAGGAAUUAGAUUUUGUUGGUUGCUACUUCUCAACCAUGUAUAUAAAUUUUUCUGUUUAUUUUUUGUGUUUUGGUGACUAUAAGUUUCCGAUAUAUUUGUUCAUAUGUUUUAUUUUAGUUUUUAUUUCACUUUGAGCAGGUCAGUGAACACAAGAUGUAGCAGUGCACCGUUUCACAUUUUUGAAAAACGAGUGAUGAAGACAUUAAAUGCUACAUAAGUGAAAUGCUUUGUUUUUUCUUCACUUUCAUGUUUAUUUUAUUUAGAUUUUGUAGCCUUACAGUCAUAUCACAAAGAAGCAGCAAAUUGUACAAGAGCCACGUUUGUGUUUCUGAUUACAAACAAACUGAC